ACUCUCUCUCUCUCUCUCUCUCUCUCUUCAAAAACCCACACACAUAUAUGUAUACAUACACACUUGUGUUUCCCAUUUUCUCUUCCUUUCUCAUCCCCUGAUCUUCACAAUCAGAUCACAAUCCCUAAAAAAUUCCCCAAAACCAACCCCCAUUGACACAAUCAUUCCAACCCUUCCCCUAAAAAUCCAUUUCCUAUCUCUGUUUUUGGUACAUUGAUUGAAAAAUUGCUCUGAUCAGAAGAACACUGUAAUGGCGACUGCGAUUCCGACUCAACAACAAGUUCAGGUGGCGGCGGAAGCGGCGGCCGCCGGCGGAGGAGGGUUCGCGAAUGCGUCGCUUUACGUGGGCGAUCUCGACCCGACUGUGAACGAAGGCCAACUGUAUGAUCUGUUCAGUCAAGUGGCUCAAGUUGUGUCUGUUAGGGUUUGUAGGGAUCAAGCCAGACGAACCUCUCUCGGCUACGCUUACGUCAAUUUCGGCUCUGCCCAAGAUGCUGCUAAUGCCCUGGAGCUUUUGAAUUUCUCACUUGUCAAUGGGAGACCUAUCAGGAUUAUGUUCUCUCAUCGAGAUCCUAGCAUUAGGAAGAGUGGAUAUGCUAAUGUGUUCAUCAAGAACUUGGACACAUCCAUAGAUAACAAAGCAUUGAACGACACUUUUGCUGCCUUUGGCACUGUGAUUUCUUGCAAGGUAGCCAUCGAUGCCAAUGGUCAAUCAAAAGGGUAUGGAUUUGUGCAGUUUGAACAGGAGGAAGCUGCACAAAACGCAAUCAAACGGUUAAAUGGCAUGUUGAUUAACGAUAAACAAGUUUAUGUUGGCCUUUUUGUUCGUCGCCAAGAAAGGAGUCGAGGAAAUGGAUCACCGAAAUUCACCAACAUUUAUGUGAAGAAUUUCUCUGAAAAUACUACUGAUGAGGAGCUUAAGAAAUUUUUUGGCAGUUACGGUCCCAUAACCAGUGCAGUUGUUAUGAGGGAUGGGAACGGGAAGUCCAGAUGUUUUGGUUUUGUAAAUUUCCAGAACCCCGAUGACGCUGCUGCUGCAGUAGAGAACUUGAAUGGCACAUCUUUAAAUAAUGAUGACAAAGUUUUGUAUGUGGGGAAGGCUCAGAGGAAAUCGGAAAGGGAGGCAGAAUUGAGAGCCAAAUUUGAACAGGAAAGAAACAGUAGAUUUGAAAAAUUACAAGGUGCUAACCUAUAUCUCAAGAAUCUUGAUGACACCAUAAAUGAUGUAAAACUGAAGGAGUUAUUCUCUGAGUUUGGAACCAUUACAUCUUGCAAGGUUAUGAUUGAUUCACAAGGGGUGAGCAAGGGCUCUGGUUUUGUGGCCUUCACUACCCCUGAGGAAGCUACAAAAGCUUUGAAUGAAAUGAAUGGUAAGAUGAUUGGUCGAAAACCUUUGUAUGUUGCUGUGGCCCAGCGCAAAGAAGAAAGGAGGGUACAAUUACAGGCACAUUUUUCUCAUGUACAAGCACCAGGUGGAAUGGCACCGUUGCCUACAGGGAUGCCUGGAUUCCACCCGGGGUUGCCUAGGCUUGCUCCUCCUCAGCAGUUGUAUUUUGGUCAAGGUGCGCCUGGUCUUCUACCUCCUCAGCCUGCUGGCUAUGGAUUCCAGCAGCAACUCUUGCCUGGUAUGCGCCCUGGUGUUUCCCCCAACUUCAUUAUGCCAUUCCAACUUCAGAGGCAAGGACAAACCGGACAGCGUGUUGGAGCAAGGAGAGGUGGGAGUCCUCUGCAGAUGCAGCACCAGCACCAGCAGUUGAUGCAUCGAAACGCCAACCAAGGCUUAAGAUAUGUGGCCAGCACACGAAAUGGUAUGGACCCAUCUAUUGCUCCUCAAGGUCUCAUGGCUCCAAUGAUGCCAUUGCCUUUUGAUGUUUCGGGAAUGUCAACGACUCCAUUGGAUGUUCAUCGUCCUGGGCCAGUGCCUAUGUCAACACUUGCUUCUGCUCUGGCUUCUGCUACGCCAGAGAAUCAACGCAUGAUGUUGGGGGAACAGCUAUUUCCACUAGUGGAGAGGGUUGAGCCUGACCAUGCUGGAAAAGUGACAGGCAUGUUGCUGGAGAUGGACCAAACCGAGGUUCUCCAUCUUAUCGAGGCUCCAGAUGCUCUGAAGAAGAAAGUUUCUGAGGCUUUGGAUGUCCUCCAUUUAGCAUCAUCAGGACCCAAUGUUGGUGAUCAGCUCGGCUCACUGUCCUUGAACCAAUGAAGCGAGCCCAAUUUGGCAUGGUAUAUACAUUUCUUCUUUAAUAUAUGCAUAUGCAUUUGUAGAGGCCUAGUGUUAUUUAUUUUUAGGGUUCAUGAGCUGUGAUUGAUUGAUUGUUGGGGUUUUCUCCAAAAAUUUCUAGGAUCUGUUUCAUUUUUGUGGGGGGUGGCAAAUUGGUUGCUGAAAUACUUUUUAGGGUUGGGAUUUGGUAUGGAGAGAGAGUUUGAAGAUCUGGGAAUUGGUAUUAGGAUUAUUAUUUUUAUUUUCAGUUUGUUUAGACUUUUCUGUCAUUUUUAAAGUUUGUUCAGUUAUCAGGGAUUUGGUUGGGUAUUCUUUUGACCUAUAGUUGUUCUCAGCUAUUAUUUUGAUCCUAUUUAUUAGCAGUUGUUCUAGGAACAGAAAAACUAAUUCGGUUAAUUUGAUUGGUUUGUGUCA